AUGGCUAACCCCUCGUCCGACGAGUCUAUGGAGAUAGACGAGAACCUCCUACAGAGCAUCGACGCCCGCCGGAAGGCCUGCAAUGCAAAGGAGGCCCUGGCACGCUCUCGCCUUGCCUUCCAGGCAGCCAGCGGCAACCAACCCGCCGCAGCGCCGACCAUCGACGCCGCGCAACCAUCCACCCCUGCCACCGGCGAGUCCGCCUCCGCUGCACCGGCAGAUCCUACCGGCGGCGAUACCGACCCUGAUAGCAAUUUCUUGCAGUGGGGUGGCUCGCAGGCGGCCGCUAGCAUUCUGAUACCCGCAGAGAAGACCGAGAUCGACGAUAACGACCCGUCCCAGUGGCCGGAUGAGAUCCCCAUGGACAAGGAAGAUGAUGAACAACGGUUUGCCGAUAUCAAGUUCAAUUUUGACUGCAUCCUCCAGCCUACAAUGGCGGAUCAGAUCCGCUUUGAGCGCGAAAAGCAGAAGGAAGAAGCCCGCAAGAAGAGGGUGGCGAGCCGCAUGGCUCUUGAGGAGAAAGAGAAAGAGAAAGGGCAAGGGCAAGACGCUCUGUUCUGUGAGCCGAAUCCGGCAGGUUCUGCGGCAGAAGGUCAAAACCCGCUGCAAGACGAGCCGCAUAAACCCAGCGAACAACCAGAGAGCAAAAAGCCCGAGAAGCCAAAGGCUAAGUUACAGAACCGGAUUACCGCCGCCGAGCGCCGCAGGAGCAAAAACCUUGGCUUGGAUGUUGUCCUUGGAAAGGAGAAACAAAAAGGCAGAGGCAGAGGUAAGAAGCGGGAGACGAAUGAUGCCAAGGGAGGGCCCAGCAAGAAGCAGCAGAAGGAGGAAGCGGCAAAUCCGAAUUUGAAAUUGAAUGACAUGGUCUUCUCCGAUGUGGUCGAGGAAGCGCAUGUCAGCUCUAACAUGCAAGCCUGUCCCGGUUUUACGAAGAUGGACAAGAAUAAGGCACUUACAGAAUUGAUUGCCAGUAUCCCCGCGGAGGACCAGAACGAUGCAAAGUCAGACAAGAAGAAGAUCUUGGAAGCAACCAGGAAGUUCACCAGGAGUGCUAGAAGUGACGGGAAUGGGGGUUGGAAGAUAAAAGGCUUGAAAACAAGCUUGUAUCAUUAUCAGCUUCUUGGAGCGGCUUUCAUGCGUGAUCGAGAGAACACCAACCAUGAGCCGCGUGGAGGUCUGUUGUGUGAUAUGAUGGGCUUUGGGAAAACAAUCCAAGCAUUAGUCGACGGUCGUCAAACGGACGAAAAUGACCCGGUCAAGACAACGCUGAUAGUUGUACCUUCGCAUCUCGUUACACACUGGGUGACCCAAAUAACAAAGCAUUGCGACAUGGGUGCUAUAGGAAGAAUUGCUCAAUAUCAUGCAAAGUCGAGACUUAUGUCGACUACAGCAGCUGAAACAGCCCAGAUCCUUCAAGAUAUGGGGGUGAUAAUCACAACAUAUGAGGAAGUUCGAAGAUCCUAUCCGAGAAUAAAAAUCCCCAAAGCCACUACUGAUCCAGAACAAAUUGCCCAAUUGUGGGAUGAGCUUUUUGAAAACGAGCUUGGUCCACUUCAUCGGAUCAAGUUUCUGAGAAUCAUCCUCGACGAGGGGCACACUAUCAGGAACCACACAGCUUCUGUGUCCAUUGCUGUACGGGCUCUCACGGCGAAGUACAAAUGGAUCUUGUCUGGGACUCCUGUGUUGAAUUACCCCGAGGAAUUCUAUGCGCAGUUCGAUUUUUUGGACGUCCCCUAUAUUGGCACCUACGAUAGAUUUUCCAAGGAAUACUGCGAUGGCGAAGAGUCUCAGAAACGCUUGGUCAACUUACUACGAUCUUUCAUGUUUCGGCGAACCCAUGCUAGUCGGCUCUUUUCCUUGCCCAUUAUCAGCCUGCCUGAUAUCAACGAACGCGUUGUUAAAGUGGAAUUGUGCGCCGCAGAACGAAAGCUUUACGAUGCUAUCAAGGAUCUGAGUGGAAUUGCCAGAGGGGAGACCGCCAGCGAUUGGCCUUCUAAGAAAAUUACACUGUGGCUGACCGCAUUGAGCAAAAAUGCCGUCCUUCCCGCGGGUCCUCCACAGCAGGAAGCACCCGAAGAGUCGUCCGACGAGCACCAAGGAAACAAAGACGAGUUAACCAGGAGUUUUCAUGCAUUCAUGGCCGAGCUGCAUGAGAGGGAACAGUGGGAAGAGCGACUGGAGAGGACUCAAUGUGCCAAUUGUACGUUGCUCCCUGAGAGCCCCGUGCUCACCGACUGCAAGCACAUGUACUGUUCCGAGUGCUUUCACAUGCUGGAGGAGAAGGAGGUUGAUGGCGCAAUGAAAAGGGUGUGUCAGAAAAAAUGCAGGGACGUCAUCGGUGCUACCGCACUGCUGGGCACCCUCGAGAACAUGCCCUCGGAAGCUGUUAUAUCGAUCAACGAGGACAUCCUGAAGAGCCCAAAGAGAUCGAAAUCCAAGAAGAUGAGGAAGGAGGCCAAUAGUCCGGCCAAUGCAGAGGGCGCAGAAAGUGACAAACACGAAGAUGAAGACAACGAAAAAGAUUGGGUCCAAGCUUGCGGUUGCAAGAUGCCGAGUGCUAAAUUAAGCAAAAUCACCCAAAUCGUUUCGGGGUGGAUGCAGGAGGAUUCCAAGGUCAAAGUGGUGAUAUUCACCCAGUUUUUGAGAUUCAUAGACAUUCUGGCGGGUAUCUGUCGGGAGAAGAAAUGGCGGUUUGCCCGCUUGACUGGUACCAUGAGUGUUGCGGCUCGUGAGGAGAGCUUGACAGAAUUCCGAGAGAAUGAGAACGUCCAGGUGCUCAUCGCCAGUCUGAAAGCUGGUGGAGUCGGGCUUGACAUGUCGAUGGCGAGCAAGUGCAUCAUUGUUGACCUGUGGUGGAACGAAGGCAUUCAGCAACAGGUAGGGAGCUAA